UUUCUCCUCUCUUGCCCUUCACUCCGGCCGCGGCUUGUUUCCAGAAGCUUCUCGAAACCCCCAUGGCGUCCGGCGAUCCCGUGGACGCGGCGGCGGCGGAGCCGAUGGAGGUGGAGGAGGAGGAGGCAGAGAGGUGCCUCGACCUGACGAGCUGCCAGCUGCACGAUCUGAGCGAGGUGGAGAUCCCGCCCACCCUGGAGGAGCUCGACCUCACGGCCAACCGCCUCGCCGCGGUCGACCCCCGCAUCGGCCGCCUCCCAGCGCUGCGGAAGCUCUCCUUCCGCCAGAACCUCCUCGACGACGCCGCCGUCGCGCCCCUCUCCACCUGGGCCGGCAUCGCGGGGCUGCAGGAGUUGGUCUUUAGAGAUAACAAACUUACAACAAUUCCAGAUGCCAGCAUCUUCAAAGGUCUUGUGGUUUUCGAUGUAUCUUUCAAUGAGAUAUCUUCCUUAAAAGGGUUGUCCAAGGUUUCCAGCACACUGAAGGAACUCUAUGUUUCAAAGAACGAGGUUGCAAAGAUGGAGGAACUUGAACACUUCCAUGCAUUAGAUAUUCUUGAACUUGGUAGCAACAGAUUAAGGGUGAUGGAAAAUCUUGAAACCUUGGCAAACCUUCAAGAGUUAUGGCUGGGAAGAAAUCGAAUUAAGACAAUCAAUCUAUGUGGUUUGAAAUCAAUUAAAAAACUAAGUUUGCAAAGCAACAGGUUGACUUCAAUGAAUGGGUUACAAGAAUGUAUUGCACUAGAGGAACUAUACCUCAGUCAUAAUGGAAUACAAAAGAUGGAAGGCCUAUCUACCUUGCAAAACCUUCGUGUUUUAGAUGUUUCAUCCAACAAGCUAACUUCCAUUGAAGAUAUUGAAACCUUAACCAGGUUGGAGGACUUGUGGUUGAAUGACAACCAAAUACCAUCACUUGAUGGGAUAGAAUCUGCUUUGGCUAGCUCACGGGAGAAGCUGACUACCAUAUAUCUUGAACGAAAUCCUUGCUCAAAAACUCCAAAUUAUUCACCCACAUUGAAGAAAAUAUUUCCAAAUCUUGAGCAAAUUGAUUCAGAUAUGCUCGCAUGAAACUGAUGACCUAGGAAGAUAGGGAAGAAAAUCAGGUGGAGGAGCCCUACUGGCAUUGUUUUAUUAUUAUUAUUUUUGACUAUCAAAGCUUUGAGCAGCCUUCCAGUUGAAGAACAAAGUAAUAAUAAUCCAUGGAUGAAGCAAUGCAACAUUACUGUGCUAAAUAUCUAAAUGGCUUCAACUUUUUCCUGCUCCAUUUUACUGGAAUGGAUUGUCGCACCGUACACAGAGAUCAAGGAAGCUUUGUUAGAGAGGUGGAGUGUAUUGUACUGAAUGUUAAACCAAUAAAGCUAGCAGAAUGAUGUAUGAGCCGAUAGAGUCCAUAACGAAGUUACUAUGUUUUCCACAGCGGAGUUACUAGGUUUUGACGGAUGAUGUUGCAUUUGAUGCUACCUGCACUAUUUUGAUGGAUGCUAUUGUAUUUGAUGUUUAUCUGCGCUAUUUUGACAGAUGAUGUUGCAUUUGAUGUUUACCUGUUGGAGACUUGGAGUAGUAGUUUGUUCCGAGGUGUAUCCCUUUAAACGUCCAUCACUCCAUA